AUGCAAUUAUUGAGAAGAGUGUAUCAAUUUGGCUCAACAAAACACAGAUUUGCUUCAGAUAUUAAAAGCACGAAUAGACAGAAAAUGAACUUGUUUCAAGCAAUUAACAACGCUCUUGAUAUAGAAUUAGGAGCAAAUCCAAAGGCAUUAUUAUUUGGAGAAGAUGUUAAAUUCGGAGGUGUUUUUCGAUGCUCUUAAGGGUUGAAUGAAAAGUACGGCACUGAUAGAGUAUUCAACACUCCAUUGUGCGAACAAGGAAUCGGUGCUUUUGGGAUUGGAUUGGCAAGUGUAGGAUACACAGCAAUAGCAGAAAUUUAGUUUAGUGAUUAUAUCUUCCCAGCCUUCGAUUAGAUAGUGAAUGAGGCUGCUAAAUUCAGAUAUAGAUCUGGGAAUCAAUUCGAUUGUGGAAGUUUGACAAUUAGAUCUACUUGGGGAGCAGUAGGUCAUGGUGCCUUGUAUCAUUCGUAAUCUCCAGAGGCUUACUUUGCUCAUACUCCAGGAUUAAAAGUAGUAGUGCCCAGAGAUCCAAUAUAAGCAAAGGGAUUGUUGCUUGCAUCCAUAAGAGAUAAGAAUCCAGUGAUAUUUUUUGAGCCCAAAGCAUUAUAUCGUAAUGCUGAGGAUGAAGUUCCCUUGGAUGAUUAUGAAUUGGAGUUAUCGAAAGCUGAAGUGGUUCAAUAAGGCAAGCACAUCACUUUGAUUGGAUAUGGUACAUAAAUAAGAGUGUUGAAAGAAGCAGCUAAGUUGGCAGAAAAGGAUGGAGUAAGUUGUGAGAUAAUCGAUUUAUAAACAAUAUAUCCAUAUGAUGGUUAGACUCUAGUUGAUUCAGUGAAAAAGACAGGAAGAUGCAUAAUAUCACACGAGGCCCCUUAGACAUGCGGUAUGGGAGCUGAAUUGAGUGCUUUUAUUUAAGAGAAGUGUUUCUUGCAUUUGGAAGCACCAAUAAAAAGAGUGACAGGCUAUGACACACCUUUUCCAUUAGUUCAUGAGCCAAUUUAUUUGCCAGACAAAUUUAAAAUUUACGAGGCAAUAAAACAGAGUGUAAAUUAUUGAUAAGAAUAAAUAAUUAUCUUAAA